CAAGGUCGCUCGCUCAGUCUUUCGUUUGUUUGCGAUGUAAAGAGAGUUGAAAAGAUCUGUUAACUAUAGUCUUUGAUAUACAUACAAGGUUGACAAAGCCGAAACAGUUAAAUCUGAACGACUCAAAAGUGUUUACACAACGGAAGAGCAGAAUUAGAUUCGCGCUACAAAUCGUGAAACGCGUUUGUGAGGAAGGAAAUAAACCGUAGCGGCAGAGAUUAGCACAGCUUUAGUAUUUUUCGGCAGAAAUCUCGCUAUUUCAGUUCACAAGUACGGUUAUCAAGUUUCCAAUCUCUUCUUUUGGAUGAUAAUAAAAUUAAGAACAGGUAUUCAUUGAUACAACAUCUCCUGGACACAACAUUUGUUUUCCAAAUACACAAGAAAGAUAUUCUACCGAAAUUCCCUCAGAUAAAGCAAAAUGGCAACGACAAACCAAACCCAGUCAAAUGGCGGUGCGCCAACGAACAAGGAACAGACGACAACGAAAGCCGAUGUCCAUAUUAAACGACCUAUGAAUGCAUUCAUGGUGUGGUCACGUGACAUGCGUCGUAAGAUGGCUGCAGAACAUCCACGCAUGCAUAACUCUGAGAUUUCAAAGGCGCUUGGUAUGCAGUGGCGAGUGUUACCUGAAAAAGAAAAGGUACCUUAUAUCGAAGAGGCAAAACGUCUUCAGGCUGAACAUAGUUUAAGACAUCCAAACUAUAAAUAUAAGCCAAGAAGACGUAAGCCAAAACCAGUUAAAAAAGAUGGCCGUUUCCCUUUUCCAUUUCCACCCACGGCAGAAAGCGGUGCUCUUAAAGUUCCUGGUUAUCCUCAGAGUAUGCCACCCGAGGGAAUGUAUCCCUAUUAUCAAGUACCGUCCUCUUCAUAUAUGCAAUAUCAUGAUCCAUAUCAAGCUGCAAGACAAGUGUCUUAUUACUCACAGUCACAAGCAAGUGUACAUAGUCCGACCGGCAUAAAUGGCCAUGGUGAGAUAUCUCGAGAGAUUACUGGAUAUCGCCCUGAUGUUGUACAAAUGCAUGGUGCUCCUCCUCACCUUUAUCCAAUUGAUCCUAUUAGUGUUCCCGCCCAAUCCACUAGUGUAUACAGUGGUACUACGACGUCACUUAGUAGCCCAACAAUGGCGGCACAUUCCACGAACUCUGAAAAUUCUCAGAUACACUACCAGCAGUAUUAUUCACAACGUCAUGUGAUUCAGUGAACGUCACCACCUAAAUAACGUUAAUCUGUGUGAAAUAAUGAUCUAGAUUCUUGUAGUUAUUACUGUAAUGUUUUAUAUAUAUAUAUACUGUUAUUUAUGGUGAAUUUCACGUUCUAUUUUGUGGUGUUGGAAUGAUUGUUGAAAUUAUCAACACGAGUAUUUAAUAAAAGGAGUUUUUUUGCUUU